AUGGAGACCGAGGAGGAAACGAAUUCAAUUCCACCCAACCCCGCUCCUUCCGAAGUAGAAAACAAUUCGACUACGUCUGCGACGGCAACAUCGACGGCCACGCCUGCGGAGUGCGAGCCGCAGAUUAGCACCGUCGAUGAGCCUGAGUGCGGAAAGGAGAUGGAGCGGCUGUCGUCGGAAUCUCAUGAAUCGCCUCCCGGCGGCGGUGGCGAUAGUGAGGCACAGCCGCCGGUGAGUAACCAUGAGGUGGAAGAAGCGACGGUUGUGGAAGAAUUGGAAGAGCGAGUAGUGACUGUUGCUGAGCGGAGCGAAGAAGAGCUUGCUGGAGUGCCAGGUGGUGAGGAGGAGUCACGGUCAGUUGAGGCGGAGCCGCUGCCGGAAGUGACGGUUGAUGAACGCGAAGAUCAGGGCGACGUUGUGGUUGUUGAAAGCGGGAUUUCUGGAGUGGAGAAAGGUUCAGAGGAGGAGGCUGAGGUGAAGGAAGAGGACAAUCCUGAUUCGAUUGGUGGAGAGGAGGAGAGCGGGAGAUUGGCCGACAAUGGUGAUUCACCGCGGGAAAAUGAUGUGAAAGUCGCUGUGAAGGAGGAAACAGAGAGUGGGGUCUCAGAGACUCAGGAAGUGGAGGAAUUUGUGAUGAUCGAGAAAGUAGAGAAGGCAGAGAAUGAAAAUAAUACGGAGGAAGAGCAGAAGGAUUUGGUUGAGGAGAUGGUAGACAAGAAUGAAACUGAAAAUAUGCAGAAGGAAGAGGUUGCUGGACCGCCUGGUGACGAAAUUGAAAACAUGCAGAAGGAAGAGGCUGCUGGACCGCCGCAGGAUGAAAUUGAGAACUUGCCGAAGGAAGAGGGUGGUGGACAGCCAGAGGCAGCUUUGAAUAUAGUUAGUGUAGAUGACGUAAUGAAAGAGAUGACGUGUGAUGGAGGACAAGACACGGGUAGUGUUGGUAGGAGUACCGAGGAAGUAGACGAGAUGGAGGUGGAUGAUGCUCUUAAGGAGAAAGAUAAGGAAGGGGAGGAAAGGGAAGAACUUGAUUCGAUAGAAGAAGCAGGCAAGACGAUUGCCGAAGUGGAAAAAGAGGCGGAGAAAGUUGAUGAGGCGAUAGAUGGGGAUAACAAGUUGAAUGAGGGGCUUAAAGGGGAGGAUCUGAAGUUGAGUGAAGUAGCAGAAGAGGAUCAGAAGUUGAGUGAAGAAGUGGUUGCGGGAGGAGAAAAGCACGAGGAGAUGAAUGAACUGGAUGAACAGGCUGAGAAGGUGAAUUUAGCUGCAGAAGAAGAGAGCGUGACUCGACCCAAAGAAGAAGAAGUAGUAGAUAAUGACGAGGAAAUGACUGAAGUGGGAGAAGAGGACGAGAAGGUGAAUGAAGCAGAUAAAGAAGAAGAAUAUGAGAAGGUGAAUGAAGCAGAAGAAGAAAAAGAAGACGAGAAGGUGAAUGAACAGGAUGAACAGGAGAAUGUGACUCAACCCAAAGAAGAAGUAGAAGAUAUUGAUGAGGACAUGGCUGAAGUGGGAGAAGAGGAUGACGAGGUAAAUGAAUUGGAUAAAGAAGAAGAAGAUGAGAAGGUGAAUGAAGCAGAAUAUGAGAAGGUGAAUGAAGUAGAUGAUGAUGAUGAUGAUGAAGAAGAAGAAGAAGAAGAAGAAGAUGAGGCGGCAAAUGAAGCAGAUGAAGAAGGAGUAGAAGAGGAGGAAAAUGAGAAGGUGAAUGAAGCAGAUGAAGAGGAGGAAGAAGACGAUAAUGAUGAUGAUGAUGAGAAAAUGAAUGAAGUGGAGGAAGCAGUAGAGGAGGGAGAGGGAAAGGAGGUAGCAGAAGCAAAUGUCGAGGAAGUGAGCAAAACUGGAAGCGGGAAGAGGAAACGAGGAAAUAAUGUCAAAGCUGUUGGUAAACCACCAUCAAGGAAGAAGGUGGAGGAGGAUGUAUGUUUCAUUUGUUUCGAUGGUGGAGAGCUUGUCCUAUGUGAUCGCAGGGGGUGCCCUAAGGCUUAUCAUCCCUCCUGCGUCAACCGGGAUGAGGCAUUUUUCAAAACAAAAGGAAAAUGGAAUUGUGGUUGGCAUAUAUGCAGCAACUGUGAGAAGAAUGCAUACUACAUGUGUUAUACAUGUACAUUCUCAUUGUGCAAGGGAUGUAUCAAAGAUGGUGUCAUUUUCUGUGUUAGAGGCAACAAAGGAUUCUGUGAGACAUGUUUUAAAACUGUCAAAAUGAUUGAGAUGAAUGAAGAUGGAGACAAAGAAACGACUCGAGUGGAUUUUGACGACAAAAGCAGCUGGGAGUAUCUCUUCAAAGAUUACUGGAUGGAUCUGAAGGAAAGGUUAUCCAUCACAUCAGAUGAACUUACCACAGCCAAACAUCCAAGGAAAGGAUCUGAUUCGGUUGCUGCAAAGCAGGAGUCAGGGGAUGAGUUGUAUGAUGCUCAGAAUGAUGGAGGAUCUGCUUCAGACAGUUCUGCUGGGAAUGGUGAAUUAAAGACCCCUAAGGGGAGAAAAGGCAAAAAACGGCUGAAAUCUCGUGCCAAGCAAAAGGACACACCCAGUAAGAAGAAGACAGUGAAUGGGGUUGGUGUUGAGUGGGCAUCAAAAGAGCUUUUAGAAUUCGUUAUCCACAUGAAGAAUGGCGAUAGAUCUGUUUGUUCUCAGUUUGAUGUACAAGCUCUGUUGUUGGAGUACAUAAAAAGGAAUAAACUUCGUGAUCCUCGUCGAAAAAGUCAAAUACUUUGUGAUUCAAGGCUUCAACAUCUGUUUGGUAAACCUCGAGUGGGCCAUUUUGAGAUGCUAAAGCUUCUUGAAUCUCACUUUCUAUUGAAAGAGGACUCUCAGAGGGAUGAUGUUCAAGGAAGUGUGGACAUUGAAGCCAAUCAGGUGGAAGGUGAUGGGGAUGCUCUUGUUAAAGCUGGAAAAGAUAAAAAGAGAAAGUCACGUAAGAAGGCUGAUGGGAGAGGACUGCAAUCUAACGUUGAUGAUUUUGGUGCCAUCGACAUACACAACAUUACUUUAAUUUACUUGAAGCGGAGUUUGGUUGAGGAACUUCUUGAUGACACUGAAACAUUUAAUGAGAAAGUUGUUGGUUCUUUUGUGAGAUUAAGAAUAUCUGGAAAUUCUCAGAAGCAAGAUUUGUAUAGGCUUGUCCAAGUUAUAGGAACCAAGAAAGCUGAUAAUCCAUAUAGAGUUGGGAAAAGAACAGCUAAUUUCCUGCUGGAAAUAUUGAAUCUAAACAAGACCGAGGUCAUCUCAAUUGAUGCCAUUUCAAAUCAAGAAUUCACAGAGGAUGAAUGCAAGCGUUUGCGACAAAGCAUAAAAUGUGGCCUUCUUGAUCGAUUGACAGUGGGUGACAUCCAGGAAAAAGCCAUUGCAUUGCAGGCAGUUCGAGUUCAAGAUAUACUGGAUUCAGAGAUAACCCGUCUAAGUCAUCUUCGAGAUCGAGCUAGUGACAUGGGGAGGAGAAAGGAAUAUCCUUUUUUUUCCAAAUGUGUAGAGAAGUUGCAGCUUCUGAAGUCUCCUGACGAGCGCCAGCGAAGGUUGGAAGAAAUUCCUGAAAUUCAUGUUGAUCCAAAGAUGGAUCCAAGUUAUGAAUCUGAAGAAGAAGAUGAUGAGGAUGAUACGAGACAAGUCGGUAACUAUAGACCCAGAGGCAGUAGUGGUUUCAGUAGAAGGUCAAGAGAGCCAAUUUCACCGAGGAAAGGAGCAACCAACCCAAAUGAAUCCUGGGGUGGAACUCGGAGUUUCUCGAGUAUGAACCGAGAGUUGACCAGGAACUCGUCUAGUAAAGGGUUCUCUUACAGAGGGGAUAGCACAACUGGAACUAGUGAUAAAUUGAAUGACAAUUCGUGGAGUCUAGGAAGAGACCGGGAAAUCCAGGCACCCCAAAGCUGGGAGAGCCCAAAACGUGCUUCAAAUGUAGAACAGCGUAGUAGUGUAACUGCAGAUUUGGCUCCUAGGGUUGCAGCUCAAGAGAGUUCUCCAGCAGCUCCUCCCGCAACAGGUUUGGCACAACAAUCCGAUUCUGCCAAAGCAAACGAGACGCAGAAGAUAUGGCAUUACAAAGACCCUGCUGGGAAAAUUCAGGGGCCCUUUUCCAUGGUACAGCUUCGAAAAUGGAACAGCACUGGAUACUUCCCUACUAACUUGAGAAUAUGGAGAGCCACUGAGAAAGAAGAGGACUCCAUACUUCUCACUGAUGCAUUGGAUGGAAAUUUCCAAGCUCCCUUGGUUCAGAGUAGCUCACGGUUUUCUGCUGCUCCGGCGAGAGAUAAUAAUAACAAUGGUAAUAGCUCUUCUUCUGGACGAUCUGUUCCCACUGCAGUUGAGAUCCCCAAUUAUCCUGCUGACAGGUGGAACUCCGAGACAAGUCUCCCUUCUCCAACUCCAGCCUCAGCUGGGUCACGCGGAGGAACAAGACAAGCUAGGGAAAGCAGGUGGUCUCCAACUCCUGCUCCAGCUGCUGCUGGUGCUGCUUCUCAAUUGAAUGCCGUGACUAAUCUUUCUCAUGUUGCAAGCCCAGUCGCCAGGCAAGCUUCUGCAAUUGCUCAACAGAUGCAUUCUCUGGCGCAAGUUGAAUCUCCCCGUGUUGUACAGGCGAACUCCAAUCACUUGCAUCGAGUCCCGAUUUCCAGUGGUACUGCACCUGUUGUUCCUGCAGCUAUGGAUACAGCAGCGCUCCAGAGUUUGGUUCAGACUAUCAGUAAUAAUCCUUUCCUGGGCGGGGCACAAGGAAAUGCUUCAAACAUGAGAAGUGGAACUGGAUCUCAAGGAUGGGGUGGAAGUGGUUCAAUGCAGCCGAAUAAUACUUCAAUGCCUGUUGCUCCUCCACUCAGUAACAAUGCUUAUGCGAACUGGGCGAAUCCACAAACGGUGCAGCAACCCUCUGCGCAAUUAGGUGCGCAAGUGCAAUGGGGAGGAAUGGGCGUCCCAGUUGCAGACAACCCGGGAAACCAAACCAUGGGGUGGGGUGGAAACCUGCCUCCUGCAAAUACAAAUCAGGGCUGGGGGAUUGCUCAUGUUCCAACAAAUCAAGGAAUGAUUCCUGGGAAUGCAAAUCCUAACUGGAUGCAAGGGCAGCAGGUGGUUGCUGGGAACACAAACGCCGGGUGGUCUCCCGCCGUUCAAGGGUGGGCACCUGCAACACCUGGACAAGGCGCUGCAGCAGCGCAGACGAUGAAUACGAACCAGAACUCGGGAUGGGUUGGACCCGGAAAUGCUAACAACAACAACAACAACCACCCCAGCUGGGACAGAGGGUCUCAGGGAGGGGGUUCUGGCUACGGAGGUGGUCGCGGAGGAGGCGAUGGUGGGGAUAUGCAAUGGAACAGUCAAUCUUCCUCGUCAAGGGGCCCUGCCCCGGCAUAUAACAGAACGCAGAAGGUAUGCAGGUUUUUCCGUGAGAAUGGGCAUUGCAGAAAAGGCGCAGCCUGCGAUUAUUUGCAUACAUGA